AUGCUGGUCACGUGCCGUGGGAAAGUCAUCAUAGAGAAUCCCAUUAUGCAAAUACAAACCUACUUUGCACAAUUUGCUACUUUUGGGAUAGUGUUUUAUGAACAUAGAGCACAGGAAGUGGGGCUUGGAACUAUGUCGUCCACUGAGGCAAUGCAUCACUUUGUGAAAUUUCUAGAGGAUGAAGAUCCUAGUUGGAAUCCAAUAUCACAACACUCUGUCCCAGAUCCUGCUGUAGAUGUCCAAAUCAGUAGCACAAAGGCCGAGCCUAGUGUUCAGAAUGGAGCUUCUUUUGAUGCGACAAUGACAACUGCUACAGAGGAUGAGAGAAUGGCGGAAACCCAAGAUAAAGAUGUAGUUUUGGAAAACCCAAAUACUGUUUCUGUGUAUAACCAAUGGACGGCACCACCAACAUCAGGCCAGACACCAAAAGCUCGGUAUGAGCAUGGAGCAGCGGUUAUUCAAGAGAAGAUGUAUAUGUACGGUGGAAAUUACAACGGGCGUUAUCUGGGUGAUCUUCAUGUUCUAGAUCUAAAAAACUGGAGUUGGUCAAGAGUUGAAACCAAGGUUGUGACUGAAUCAGAGGAAACAUCAUCUCCAGCAACGCUAACUCACUGUGCUGGUCAUUCGCUGAUACCAUGGGACAACAAACUUCUGUCUAUCGGUGGCCAUGCUAAGGAUCCCUCAGAAUCAAUUCUAGUCAAGGUCUUUGAUCUGCAUACUUGUACAUGGUCAAUCUUAAAGACAGAUGGGAAGCCACCGAUUUCGCGUGGAGGCCAGUCAGUGACUCCUGUGGGAAAUAAAUUGGUGAUAUUUGGCGGCCAGGAUGCAAAUAAAUCGCUUCUGAAUGAUUUGCAUAUACUUGAUCUGGAUACCAUGACCUGGGAUGAGAUAGAUGCCGUGGGUUCUCCUCCAUCUCCAAGGUCUGAUCACGCUGCUGCAGUGCAUGCUGAGCGAUAUCUUCUAAUAUUUGGCGGAGGAUCACAUACAAAUUGUUUUAAUGAUCUGCACGUCCUUGAUCUGCAAACUAUGGAGUGGUCAAAACAUACACAACAAGGUGAAGCACCAACUCCACGCGCUGGACACGCUGGUGUGACGAUUGGAGAGAACUGGUUUAUCGUUGGUGGUGGAGAUAACACGAGCGGUGCAUGUGAGACUGUUGUAUUAAAUAUGUCAACUCUUGCGUGGUCAGUACUCACAUCAGUCCAAGGAGGUGUACCUCUCGCUAGUGAGGGACUGAGUUUAGUUGUGAGCUCAUACAAUGGUGAAGACGUCAUCGUUGCUUUUGGUGGAUACAAUGGACGUUACAACAACGAAGUGAAUGUUCUUAAACCAAGCCACAAAUCAAGCUUGAAAUCAAAGAUCAUGGAAGCUUCUCCUGUGCGUGAUAGUGUUUCUGCUGUUAAUAACGCCACCACCAGAGAUAUUGAGUCUGAGAUCGGUGUGAGCCAAGAAAGCAAAGUACGAGAAAUUCUCAUGGAUAAUGUUAGAUCAAAGGUUGAAGGAAAAAGCGAGAGCAUCAUCACAUCCCUUAGAUCCGAGAAGGAAGAACUAGAGGCAUCACUCAGCAAGGAGAAGAUACAAACUCUGCAACUGAAGGAAGAGUUAACAGAGACAGAAACACGAGGCGCAGAGUUAUACAAGGAACUUCACUCUGUGCGGAGUCAACUUGCAGUGGAACAGUCAAGGUGUUUCAAACUAGAGGUUGAAGUUGCAGAGGUAAGACAAAAGCUUCAGACGAUGGAAACACUUGAAAAGGAACUCGAACUCCUCCACCGUCAAAGGGCGGUUGCGUCUGAACAAGCUGCCGCCAAUAUGAAUGGCCAAAGGCAAAGCUCUGGUGGGGUCUGGGGCUGGCUUGCUGGAACUCCUCCGCCAAAAACAUGA